AUGGCCACAAAAUGUAUUUCAAACCACUUUGGUGCUGUGAAGACUUGCUUCAACACAACUGAUCUCAGCCUCAACAUGUCACUGCUCUCUUACGUACUGCUGGCAGCUACUGCAGUGUGCUGCUUCACAACCCUCUGUGCAUUGCCAAUGGAAGGCUUUGGUUCCAACAAGUGUCAGUGUGUGACCACCACCUCAUCCAUAAUCCCAUCCCGGGUGUUCCAGAGGAUUGAGAUCCUGCCUCCGGGAGCACACUGUCGCAAAACCGAGAUCUUGAUUACCAAAAAGAACAAACAAACAGUUUGCAUAGACCCUGAAGCACGAUGGAUCAACAAUGUCAUCUCAAAAGUAAUGAGGAGCAAAAGAACUGCAAAGGAAACUGCUGUGCCCACUGUGGCAUAAAUCAACGCGAACAAGAACAACUUUCCGUUUCCUACUUUUCAGUUAUUCCUUUUCAUUCAAACAGCCAACUCGAGUGUGCUGAAUGUUAUUAGACCAUAUUUACGCAGUCACAAAUGAAAAACAGUCUGUCUACAAAAUCUGUAAUUAUUAUUUUGAAAUAAAAAACU